AUGCUAGUUGAUUUGAAUGUGAAAUGGCCCCAGGAAAGUUAUGAAAAGCCUGCAGUAGAUGCAGAUAUAGAAAGGUUGCGAGCUACUUUGGUAACGUUAAGCACGUUGGGCUAUACUCACGUAGUAUUGAACUUCACGGUGAAUCACAGUGAUAAAUUCCCAAAUAAUAUCAAAGAAUUAAAUCCCAUGAAAAUUGAUGAGCGAUUCGAAGAUAUCAUGAGGGGUACUGGAUUGAAAAUUUAUUCUCGUAUUACGUUAAUUAUCGAUGAUCCAUCAAAAGGACAAUCGCUUUCUAAGAUAUCACAAGCCUUUGACAUUGUUGCAGCCCUACCUAUCAGUGAAAGAGGUCUAACUUUAGCCACCACAAAUCUGGAUGUUGACCUUCUGACAUUUGAUUACGGACAGAGGUUACCUACCUUUCUGAAACACAAAAGCAUAUGUAGCUGUGUGAACCGUGGCGUCAAGAUUGAAAUAGUGUAUGGUUAUGCCGUUAGAGACAUCCAUGCAAGGAGACAAUUUGUAUCCAAUGUGAGAAGUGUAGUGAGAAGCUCUAGGUCCCGUGGGAUUGUUAUCAGCAGUGGAUCAGAAGGCCCCUUGGAAUGUAGAAACAUUUUAGGCGUAAUAAGUCUUAUAAAAACAUUAGGUUUACCUAGUGAUAAGUGUACCAAAGCUAUGGGUGAAUUCGCUUCCUUGGUAUUACUUAAUGGUAGAUUGAGAAACAAGAGUCAUAAACAAACAAUCGUUGUCGGUGGAGGUAAAAUUGAUGUUGUUAAUGAUAUUGAAGGAAUUGAUAAUGCGAAAAACAUCAAGAUAGUUAAACGCUCAAUGGACGAUGAUUUUUCAUCAAAACCACAUACUAAGAAACAAAAGAAUUAA